AUGCAAAAUUCAUACAAAACGGACGAAAAGACUUGGAGCGAAUAUGUCGAGGAGCGACCAUGAAGACGACUGGAUCGGUGAGGUACAGCACCGCGAGGGCUUCGUUCUCGACGAGGUGAGUCUCUCAUUACACUAUAUUAUGCGUGCUCUUGCCCAAGCGUGCGGAUGUGCGCGUUCCACCCAUUUUUCUGACGGCGUGAAGGGCGCGCAAACACUGGUCAUUUUCGUGGGUCAAUAUACCCCAAAACGGUUGCAGCAUACUAAAGUCAAGUGAACUAUGGCAUGAACGUAUCAGCAGAGCAUGAGCGCUCUGGAAAUCCCCGACCGAGAAGUGACCUACCGCCGCGCCAAUGUGGAGACGCAAUUCAUGACGUCACGAUUCGAUUCGCAGAUCGAAGACGCUUUCGCGCCACCUCCACCUGGCAAGGUGACGUUUACUACCAGUCCAGCCACGCUGCAGGACUUGGAGGAUGGUUCUUCCACAGUACUGGGCCUUGACCCCAAGCCGAAGAUCUUCGACCUCGGCGCUGCUUCAACAGGAGUAGAAUCGAGUAAGUCGCAGGUCUUCGUGCCCACUGGAGAGGUACCCGAUGCUCGGGAGGUGGGUUACCGUCAAGUGAACCCCAUGUUCGAGUCGUGUGAACCUGCCGACGCGAUCUUCCGCACGCUGCACAAGGCGAUGCGAGCACAAGAUGUUGAGUUCUCUUGUAGUCCCGACUGGACGAUGGACGCUUAUGCGCUGAUCGCGGCCGAGGAGCUAUUCUUCAACGUGCAGCUGCACCGCUUGGCCAUGAAGUCGACCAUCCGAGUUGACUUCAAUUUACGCUCGGGUGACGAGCUUAAGUUCCUCGGAUUGACGGACUCCAUUCGCAAGGAGUGUAGGUCAAUUGACAAGGACAUGAUUGGACUGCCGGAAUUAAGCUUUGAUAUACUGGCGGAUUGGUCAGCACCCGGAGAGCUCUUCCCAGGAUCUCUUUCAGUGGACUCACAGGAGUUGUCGAUGCUCCUUCUCGAAAUCAACUCGGAGGCUCCACCGUUCACGCGAUACGAGGUGGCCAAGCGCUUGAAGGAACUCUGCCAGUACGACUCCAACCGUCGCGCUCUCGCUGACCUGCUCAAGGAGCAGUUCGUCACGGGCUUGCAGUCGAUGCUCAAGGACGACAACGAGGACAUCGUGCGCUUCGCCAUCUACACAAUUCUGAACUUCGCUGAUGACAUCUCGACCCUCAACGACUUGGAGCUGCCUCGGUUGCCUGAGACUCUCCGAGACAUCUUGACACUCUCCCAAAAAGAGUCGACCAAAAAACUCGCUGGCGAUCUGUACAAAACCAUUAACGCCGUCUGUUAGGUUAGGAUCCACAAGGGUUGAUGAUGGAUAUCAACGGUGGAAAAGAGAGCGAGAUACAGAGACAGAGAGACCAGAAGUGUUGGAGAGAGAGGCGCUUUGGCCUCUUGACGAUUGCCUGCUAUCGUGCCAUGUUUGGAGCGAUGGUAGAACGAGGUCGUCUUUAGUUUCAGCCUACGUUCGCGAGCUUUGGCGCUCGACGGCUAUUGUAAAAUGUUAAAUGCCACAUAAAGCCCCAAACUUACGUCGUUCUCAACGUGGACACGCUGAGACGCAAAGUAAAGUCAGAAAACUCCGUUUGACUCACUACGGCUCGUCUUCGGUCCCGCUGACUGGUUCAUCUACAUGGACGAAUUGGGGAACGCCUUGAUGAAGCCUUUGCCAACGCUGUGCAAGACGUCGGGAGCCGUCAUUGAGCGCUGGUGUUCGUCAAAGGCAAGAGAUGAACUGCAAGCGCAAUAUAUUCAGUCAGACACUACACUGUUCACUGUGAACAGAUAAACACAUAACAAACCUGGCUCGUGUCACAAGAGAGCCUCCAUAGGCAGCAAGCAACAGCGGAUUGCCGUCGAAGUCGCCCCUGCAUCAGGAACAUUUGCCAAUAAAUAACAAUGAGAAGUCAUUUUAUGGCGAUUGUACGUCGCAACUGCAGACACAAGCACGUACAGAUCAGCAUUCUUCGUCCAAGCAGCAAACGUCCCAAUUGCUCCGGUGAGGACCUAUGUAGAUACCAUCGAUUACUUGAAAGACUCAAUGGCGGCACGCAAGAUGGGAUGCAGACGUACAUCUCCUUGUCCUCCGCACCGGCGUGGGCAGCCAAACUCAUCAUUUUUCAGAGCUAUACGAUGCAAUUAGCCCAUGAACGAGUUAGCACACACCAGAUCACUGGAUAAGCAUAGAUCUUGCUCGGUAGGAAAAAUAAGCUUCCGUACUGUUCUUGCCAUCCGAAAAUGUAUCGACACCACCCUUUUGAAUGACGACUGGGAAUCCUAGGCUGUAUACGAUAAUGCAGGUUCUGAUUAAUGAGUGCAAAAAUGAAUGGCCCCAGAUGAUACUUACGC